AUGGAGGGGAGCGGCAGCAAGCCUGAGUCGCUAUGCCGCGUCUGCGGGGACAAGGCCUCGGGCAAGCACUACGGGGUGCCGUCCUGUGACGGCUGCAGAGGCUUCUUCAAAAGGAGUAUCCGUCGAAAUCUGGAUUACGUGUGCAAGGAAAACGGGCGAUGUGUGGUGGACGUCACGCGACGGAAUCAGUGCCAAGCGUGCCGAUUCUCUAAAUGUUUGCGGGUUAAUAUGAAGAAAGAUGCGGUGCAGCACGAACGAGCGCCCCGUCCCGUCAUCACUUCGCAGCAUCACGCGGCUUUACAAAAGCUAGGCUACAGUUUCAACAGACAGUCCAUGUUCCCUGCUCCGACCCCACUGCCCUUCCCCGCUUUCCCUUCACUCCAUACAUAUAACAGUAUUACGUCUCAUCACGAUUCGAUGCAAACUCCUCAUGCACCUUUUCUACAAAGUCCGUAUCAAGACGUUUCAUCCUCGAGACUUCCUGAAACGAUACUAGAAAUGCCGCAGUUAAAUCCCCUUUUAGGGUCCCAUAUAGGACCUCUAAGUUCACUCAACCCGUUCAAGAUUCCGCUAUUCUCCACUUCCCUGCAUUACCCGGUACCUCAUCCAGGCUAUUUCCCGACAAAUAUUUUCUACCCGCCUGCGGUAUCAAGUGAAAAUUCUAAUGCAAGUGUGGACCAAUCUACUAUAAUGAUCUCGCCCAAAUACUCGUUGGUAUCUAGUGAAAAACCGGAUUCUCAGCCGCCAGACAAAGUGAAGGAGGAUGAGGUAUCUAGUUCUGAAGAAGCAUUUAAGGCUGACCCCAUUGAACAGAAUAACGAAGAGAUGAGAAGAACACAUCUUCGUUCUCCUAUCUGUUUUGAACCUCCAAUUCAUAUCGUAUCAAGGAAUAUGAGCCACUUGGAUAACUCAGAAUGUCAAAAUGAUAAUAUUCCAGAAAGAAUACAAAACCAAAUUAAAAUAAUUCGAAGUGCUGAAAGUACAAAGCGAUGUGGGGAAGAAGUUACACCAGAGUCAAAACAGAAGCCUGUUCAUGACAAUUGGAUGAUCCCAAGGGAGGAAUUUUAUAACCCCGCUGCGAAAGUUUUAGUAACAUGUAUAAAAUGGCUGCACAGCGUAUCAUCGUUUGUCAAUUUGAAAAGUUCGGAGCAAAUAUCUUUAUUGCAAAACAAUUGGAGAGAAUUGUUUGUUCUCGGCGCUGCUCAAUAUUCAUUUUGUCUUGACGAAGGUCAUGUAUCACACGUUAGUUUAAACCGCCCGAAUAUGAAAAAUGAAAUAAAAACACUGCAAAUAAUUCUUAAACGGAUAUCUGCCUGUAAAUUGGACAAAUGUGAAUACGAUUUGUUAAAAUCCACUUUAUUAUUUCGAACAGACGUUGCAGAUUCUUCGUCAUCACAGAUUGAAAUGCUUCAAGACCAAGAGUUGAUAUCGCUGCAAAAGUACUGUGCCACGAAGGACCCAUCUCGCCUGGGCAGAAUUAUGCUAGCCCUGAUCAGUACAUGUUCAUCCAUCAGGCAAGGGCUUCUAGAACACAUACUCUUCCCCUCCGCAUCGAUUGAAGAAAUAAAUACUACAUUAUCGAGUAUUUUACUUUAUACUGCCAUGUAG